UCGGGUUCUGGCAUCGUCGAUGAAUUUAUUCCGCUCUCCGAUCAGUUUUCCACCAGUCGUCGUCGGAUGGAGAGCAUAUUAAACUCGAGAUUUAAUAAAAUAUAUCGGAUAAAAUAUAUACAAGAGAAGCAUGUCGGCUCCAGCCAAGCCCGCAUUCAAAUUGGACUUUGAGAGACUGAAGCAGACUUUCAUCGCUAUUUGUCCGGACUUCGAGGAGGAGCCCAGCUUUGAGGUGGCCACUAUCAGUCGCCGCUUCGCCCAGGAUGUGAUCUUUACAUACAGCAAGGAGGCCAAAACGGCCAAGGCCCAAAACAAGGACGUGGGCUGGUCCAUGCGGCUGAAUGCGGCAAAUGCCAGAGGUGUGAAUCUCCGUAACGAAGUCUACAUACAGACACACUUCGUCCGGGAACCUCCACAGCAUCAGCCAUUCGUUAUCAGGGAUCGCCUGCUGUUGUCCUUCAAGCAGGCUAGUCUCCUGGCGGUAGAGAAGUACUGCCAGUUAGUUCCACACCAUGUGAACCGGGGAGAGGUGAUCCUCACGCCUCUAGCUGGCGCUAUAUUCUCCGUAGAGGACAUGCCGAAGUUGGCGGAAGCGCUUCCUGAACCACUCGCCGAUGUGGUGAUGGCUGUCAUCAGUAGCUGCCAAACCGAUGGAUACUACUUGCAGCACAGUCGCUGCCAUAUUGCCCUCCUGGCCCUCAUCAAGACGGUUAGGGAUCUGAAGAUGCGCGCCUCGCUCGUCAAGAAGACCAUCAAAAUGUAUCAGCUUCACGGUAAGGAGCUUCAAAUGGAACAGUUUCAGAGAUGGAGCACAUUCCUGAAGGAUUCAACCCCCAACAAGCAGCGAUGCAAUAGCCAUAAUGAAGACUACGACAAGCUGACCGAGCUGGUUCUGAAUUUUUCUUUUCCAACCAAGGAACCAAAAAACCAGAAGAACCAAAAAACGCCCAUGAAAUGUGCAGCCAAUUUUCUAAAGUCCAAGCAGUAAAAAAACAUUUUAUAAUGGGAACUGAAUUACUUUUUCUCUAGAGACUUAGGAACUCUAUCUUUUCAUUAAAUCAAUUACAUGUGGGAGUUUUUUUUUUAUAUGAAUGUAUUUAUUAUGUAUCUGUCUUUAAAUGACGUUAAUAUUUUAUGUACAUUUUGGCAUUUUCUAAGUAAAAUACAGCUUCUUGGGUUUAAUGAAAA